AUGUCGCCAGAUGAGUUUCUAUUCAUGUUAUUCUUGACCUCUUUGCUUACUCUUUUGUUUUCAUUGACAGGUGACAUGCAUUUUGUAAGUUUAAAAUAUGUGAAUCACAGCUGCACAAAGAAAGUUGGAACAAUUGCAGAUCUUGUCAGAGAUACUAAAGUUUUAUUGAUAUCUUAUGCAACUUAUUUAACAAGAUGUCUGUUGCAACAAGUUCUGCAAGAGUGCCAAAACUAG